GGCGGAAGUCUCCUUUGGUUCUUGGGAAACGUAGUUUUUCCGUCUCUUCUUCGUUCAGAAGAGAGAUCUUGAGUGCGAUAGAGAAAAUUGGGAUAGCUGCAUACAGACAAAAUAGUUAUGUGUCUCCAUCUGUGCUUUUUGUGAAAGCUGAAUGUGCCACCUCAUCUGAAACGAUGGACAGCAGAUGUUAUGGCUGUGCAUCAAAGUUUACUGUCUUCAAGAAACAGUGUGGAUGCAAGAAUUGUGGCCGAUUAUUUUGUUCAGGCUGCCUGGGAUUCAGUGCCAUUGUUCCCCGUUGUGGAAACACUCAGCAAAAAGUUUGCAAGCAAUGCCAUGGGGAUUUGACAAGUGGAUCGUCUAAAUCAAAUGCAGGAAAAUGGUCUCCACCAGAGAACUAUAAAAAGCGCGUAGCAGCUCUUGAAGCUAAGCAGAACCAGCCGCAUAUCCUUCAGAAGGGCCUGGUGAAAUCCCAAAGCCAGACAGACUCUAGAUAUCAAGGCUUAUCCAGAGAGGAUCGGCUUCUAGCUGAGAGACUGGAGAGGCUCAAGAAAGAAACAAGGCCCAAAGCCAUACCUUCUCAGGCUGAGAUAGAGUCUCGUCUGGCAGCACUGAAAAAUGACCCAGCAAGACCCAUUCCGUCAGCUCAAGAGAUGGAAGACCGCCUGGCAGUCUUGCAGGGCAGAACACUUCCCUCCUCAGCUCCCCGGCCAGUACACCAGCUCUCUAAUACUAGGACACAAGUGGAGCAGACAGAUGACAUGCUGAACCAGAUAGCUGAGGAAGUUGCCAUUGAUGAAAGUGGAGGCUCAGGAGUUACGUCUCAAGAAGUUAGAAUGCAGGUGUUGAAUGACUUAAAUCGAGCUGACAGUACAGAUGGUGUUAUGGAUCUUGAUCCAAAACAGUUGGAGGAGGAGAAAAAUAAACUUCUGGCAGAGGCUGCUUCUGUGUUGAGGGAGGAGAACACCAGAGAUGAGAAAAUUCUAUCAGUGGCCAAACGAUUAGCAGCACUGAAAGGCCAAGAUCCUGAGACAGUUACAUUAAAUGAUUACAAACUGCCUGAUAGUGAUGAAGAAAUGGAUGAGGAAGAAGCCAUUCAGAGAGUUCUGAAACAGCUUACUGAAGAAGCAGCUCUGGAUGAAGCAAGUGGCUUCAACAUCUCCCCAGAUCAGUCUACCCAACCAACAAUUGUACAACAGAAAUCAGCCAAAAAAUCGAGUCAGGCCCAAAUUUCAGCUGCCCCUAAAAAUGCCCUCCUGCCUGUGAAAACAUCAGACAGUGACGAGGAAGAGUUACCCUGGUGCUGCAUAUGCAAUGAAGAUGCCAUCUUGCGCUGCCAUGGCUGUGAUGACGACCUCUACUGCCAGCGAUGCUUCAGAGAAAGCCAUGAUGAGUUUGAUCGGAAGGAACACCGGACAUCUAACUAUCACCAUUCCUGCAAGCAAAAGUGAGCACAUCGAGUGUAAGAAGAAAAAGAGUGUGAAUGAGAAGGGGGGGGGAGAGAAAGAAAAUAGGUUUGGGAAAGUUUGCCGCAGCAUCUCAGGCAAACAUUCUCAACACUGCAAAACUGCCAUUCAUCAUCUCUAGAAAAAGGAAGGCAGCUGCGGGGAAUCUCAGUGGAGGCUGAAGCUGGUCGGUUUUGUGAAUAAAACUAGAGGAAUGAAGAAUGACAUGCAUUAAAGAGAUUAAUUAUUUUCCCUAAGGUGACUCUAACUGGAUAAGGUGUGUGAUAACAAUAUUGCAAAGAUAUUAAAUUAUAUGUAAAGAAGAACAUUGUGCAUUUCUC